GUCAUCACCAGGCACGCGCGGGGGAACAUGGCGGCGGCGGGUGUUGUGAGCGGGAAGAUUAUAUAUGAACAAGAAGGAGUAUAUAUUCACUCAUCUUGCGGAAAGGCAAAUGACCAAGACAGCUUGAUUUCAGGAAUAUUGCGUGUUUUAGAAAAGGAUGCUGAAGUAAUAGUGGACUGGAGACCAUUGGAUGAUGCAUUAGAUUCUUCCAGUAUUCUGUGUGCUGGAAAGGACUCCAGCUCAGUCGUAGAGUGGACUCAGGCUCCAAAGGAAAGAGCUCAUCGGGGGUCGGACCAGCAGAGCAGCUAUGAAGCGGAGUGGGACAUGGUUACUACAGUGUCCUUUAAGAAGAAACCACACACCAAUGGAGAUGCUCCAGGCCAUAGGAACGGGAAAAGCAAAUGGUCGUUCCUGUUCAGCCUGGCAGACCUGAAGUCAGUCAAGCAGAGCAAGGAGGGCAUGGGCUGGUCGUACCUGGUCUUCUGCCUGAAGGAUGACGUCAUGCUGCCUGCCCUGCACUUCCAUCAAGGAGACAGCAAACUGCUGAUCGAGUCUCUUGAGAAAUACGUGGUAUUGUGUGAGUCACCACAAGAUAGUAGAACACUUCUAGUCAAUUGUCAGAAUAAGAGUCUCUCACAGUCUUUUGAAAAUCUUCUUGAUGAACCAGCAUAUGGCUUAAUACAAGCAGGCCUGCUAGACAGAAGAAAGCUGUUGUGGGCCAUUCACCACUGGAGAAAAAUUAAAAAGGAUCCUUAUACAGCAACCAUGGUAGGAUUUUCCAAAGUUACAAACUACAUUUUUGACAGUUUGCGAGGCAGCGAUCCCUCUACACAUCAACGACCACCUUCAGAAAUGGCAGAUUUUCUUAGUGACGCUAUCCCAGGACUCAAGAUAAACCAGCAAGAAGAGCCAGGAUUUGAAGUCAUCACUAGAAUUGAUUUGGGAGAGCGACCUGUUGUGCAAAGGCGGGAGCCAGUGUCCCUGGAAGAAUGGAACAAGAGCCUUGACCCUGAAGGAAGACUCGUAGCCGUGGAGAGCAUGAAGCAAAAGAUAUUCAGAGGGGGUCUUAGUCAUUCAUUAAGAAAGCAAGCAUGGAAAUUUCUCCUGGGUUAUUUUCCUUGGGAUAGUACCAAAGAGGAAAGAACUCAGUUACAAAAACAAAAAACUGAUGAGUACUUCAGGAUGAAACUGCAGUGGAAGUCUGUCAGUGAGGCUCAGGAGAAGAGAAACUCACGCCUGAGAGACUACAGAAGUCUGAUCGAGAAAGAUGUCAACAGAACAGAUCGAACGAACAAGUUUUAUGAAGGCCAAGAUAACCCAGGGCUGAUUCUGCUUCACGACAUUUUGAUGACCUACUGUAUGUAUGACUUUGAUUUAGGAUAUGUACAAGGAAUGAGCGACUUACUUUCCCCACUUUUGUAUGUGAUGGAGAAUGAAGUGGAUGCCUUUUGGUGCUUUGCCUCUUACAUGGACCAGAUGCAUCAAAAUUUUGAAGAACAAAUGCAGGGCAUGAAGACGCAGUUAAUCCAGUUGAGUACCUUACUCAGGUUACUGGACAGUGGAUUUUGUAGCUAUUUAGAAUCCCAGGACUCUGGAUAUCUAUAUUUUUGCUUCAGAUGGCUUUUAAUCAGAUUUAAAAGGGAAUUUAGUUUUCUAGAUAUACUUCGAUUAUGGGAGGUAAUGUGGACUGAACUGCCCUGUAAGAAUUUUCAUCUUCUUCUGUGUUGUGCCAUCCUGGAAUCAGAAAAGCAACAGAUAAUGGCAAAGCACUAUGGCUUCAAUGAAAUCCUUAAGCACAUCAAUGAGUUGUCCAUGAAGAUUGAUGUGGAAGAUAUACUCUGUAAAGCAGAAGCAAUUUCCCUACAGAUGGCACAAUGCAAGGAAUUGCCACAAGCAGUUUGUGAGAUCCUGGGACUUCAGGACAGUGAAAUUACAACGCCAGAUUCCGACACUGAUGAAAAUGUUGGCAGCCCUUGUCCUGUAUCUGCGUUUCCAAGUAGCACCUUGCCCAUCCUUGCUGCCAGUGAAGCCAAAGAUGACAGUCCAACACAGACAUUAGCAUCCCCGAAUGCCUGCAGAUUAACACCUGCAUGAUCAUUUGUCUUACAGUUUUUGAGAUACUUUGUUGCAAUUCCUUUUUAAGUACAUGAAAGAUAGACAUUCACGGUCUUGGUAUUGAUCAUGCUUUAAGUUUUAUGGAGAGACAGUGUACUGAUGUUCUUGCAUUAAAGCUUUACAAAGUUUUAAACUAAUUAUUUUUGUAGUUACUUCUACCAAAUAGCCUUUCCUUUUCAAUAACAUUCCUUAGUAUUUUUAUAGCCAAGCACAUUUUAUUUUGUUGCUGAUGAACUGGGAUUGGAUAAAUACUUCAAGUGGAAGCUUUGGAAAUUAUGCACUUGGAAAAGCACUCACUGUUUAUUCUUUAGAGGGCUUUGGACUUGAUUACAUUAAAUGUUGAGCCUUUAUAAAGCAUUCUAAGCUGAGAAGUACAUUGUUACUCAGAGAUGAAAUUUAAAAUACAAAUUUGGCUUUUCUAUUGUUUACAACAAUAUUCAGCUUAACUAUUUAUGCUGGUUGAAUGUGAUUUAAAUAAGACAUUUUUACCAACGUAGUUAAACGUGUGGAUAAAGAACUGUUUCAACCUUAGCAACUGGAUUGGCAGUCUGGGUUUUUUACAAAGAACUUUUCUUCACUUGUAUAUAGGCUAUAUAUAUGUACUAUUUAUGAGUAUAAGAAAGCAUAGUCCUAUUUUCUUUAACUGAAUAAACUUGACUAUUGAUUUAUAUAAGCUGAUUCAACAAAAUUAAUACAUGGCUUCAAUAUAAGAUCUUUUUCAAAACUAUUUUCUUAACUGAACAUUUAUUUAAUGAGACUACAUUGAGCCCUGUCUAUACCUGGUAUAAAUCACUGUAACCUCUUUACUAAUAAUGUUUAUUAUCUUUCCUAAUACUGCACUAAUUGGUUAAUCAGAUCGUUACAUUUUUAAAAAUAUUCUUUGCAAAAAGCUUAUGUCAGAAGUUUCCAGGCACUGUCAUGAGUCGGAAAGGAAUAUUUUUUUGUAUAUGAAUGAAGCUGUUUUUACCAUGCAGUGUUGCAUGUUUUUAAGUUCUGUGGAAUUGCCAUAACAAAUUCCGUUUUAAUUGUAAUUUGUUAACUCUUGUACAUAUCAUUAAAUGAAAUCAAAGCUAUUUUAGUGUUUUCAGUUACAUUGCACUUAGAAACGGCUGCUUCUUCAUCAGAGCGUGCACCUCAGCAUGUCACAGCCACCAAGCCAGUGAGUCAUGGGCGCACCAACAUGCACAACUCCUCCAUACGUGAGCACACUGUUCAGAAGUGUGCAUGCUCAUGGCGUGUCACCGAAGCAGCUGUCUUGUGAUGCUUGUAUACAUUGUUUGUUUGGUUUUUUUUCUUCCCCAGAAAGUAAAGGAACUUGCCCACUAGCUGAGUAUUAACGGACAGUCGUGGCCCUAGAGCCAUCAGAUGUGGGUUUUUAAUAUUGUGUGUUAUCUCUCAUCAGUUAAUAAUGAGUAAGCCCAUUUAGAAGAGUAAACUGCUCACAAGCGCAUCAUCUCCAGCCUUUCAUUUCCUGCCAUGCAGGAAAUUGCUCAGAACAUCUUGAUGUCCUCCUCGUUCUUCCUGGACAGUGGGUGUUCGGACGUCUUUCUACGUAAUACAAUAUCUACUUCAGAUUAAAGAAAAUUUAAUAUGUUUCAUAAGUUGAACUUUUGUCAAGUUUUGGUAUGAAACUGCUUGUUAAAAUAUUUUUACUAAAAAUACGCAUUUCUUUGGAGCGCAUUUUUUAUAUGGAAGUGAUCACGCAUUAGAGUUGGUAAAGUCUUAAUCAGCCCACAGACUCCAGCUAGAAACACUGUGCAAACGAGCUGCUGGGAUUGGGAGAACAUAUAGUUCAGGUAAAUUUCUUGGCACAUCCUUUGAAAAGAUGGUUUUGGUGUUCACGGAAUGUUCACAGGCACGCGCGCACACACACACACACACACACACACACACACACACACGGUUUUAGUAUGUAUAUACCUAUCAGCAUGUAGAACAUUUGUAAUGUUAUGAGAUACACAAGGAUGUUAAAAUUUAGAUUGUUUCUAAUUUUACCUCCUUGUGUAUUUUCAAUUUUUAUGAAUGUAUGAGAAACAAGACAUAUUUAAGGAUCUGUUUUACUCUUGUUUCCAAACUUUUCAUCUCUUUAUGUAGAAAACUUUAGGUUAAUAGGAAUUCAACCUUUUUCAGCAGUCCUUUUGGGAGAGUGAUGGUUACGGAACCUUGACAGUGCCCGGUGCUCUUACAGGGCAGUCCUGUCUGCCUAUCCUUAGCACAGUUGUGUAACGUAACUCUUGGUAUUUGUGCUGACCUUGUGUGCACCGAUGUGCCAGGCAUUCCAGCAUGGGCAUUCUCGCUGUGGGUCUUCAGAGGCACUCAGACGUCUAAGAAUAAACAAAGCCUUGUGUGCAUAUGUGUGCAUUUUUAUAGAGAUGACUUUACAAAAGCCAUUUAAGAACAUUUUUCUCAAAAGUCAAGAAGUAGUAUAAGUUACUUAACAGAAUAAUACUAUAAUUUAUGAUUCCUGUUAAUUUUUUUUUUGCCAAACCUCAAUUAAAAUAUUGAUCAUUCAGUUGUACUUUCUUGGUCUGCAUUAUCAAAAUACAUAUUGAGUUUCUUCAGACCCACUGAACCAGUCUUUGAGAGUAGUGUUCAAAAUGGGAAUCCGAGCAACACCCGACCGAGUUCCCCCGAAGUCAAAGGAUUACCAUUAUGUUGAAUUUUUAAAAAAAUAUUUCGAGGGGUGCUGGAGAGAUGGCACAGUGGUUAAGAGCUGCUCUUCCAGAGGUCCUGAGUUCAAUGCCCAGCAACCACAUGGUGGCUCACAGCCAUCUGUCAUGAGAUACGAUGCCCUCUUCUGGUGUGUAUGAAGACAGCUACAGUGUAUUUACAUAACAGAUUAAAAAAAACAUUUUGGUUGAUGGUAAAAGUCUUAUGUUUUGAAAAGGUAGUUUAUUGAAAUUCUAACAUAAAUUUGCUCUAGUUACCUUGCCUUUUUUAGUGAGAAAUGAUAGCCUAUUUUAUGUAGAUUAUCCCCUCGAAUUUUUGUAAAGUAGCAAUUUAUUAAAUUUAUACUUACAUAGUAUCUUAUAUUCGGAACCUUCAACAUUCAGUCAACUGUUCUAAGAAUUUCUUAAUGAGAAAAGUAAUAAGGUAAUUACACCACCUUGAUAAGAACGAUCCCUUUGUGAUUUCCAAAUCUCUGCAAGACUGAAUACAUCUUAACGUAGUGUAACGCCUCACAGCAGAGUGGAAUGCAAGGGAAGCAGGAAGGGGCUCCUCCCUCCACCUAGCAGGACGACUCCUACCCGAGCAUCCCUAACUGGAGUGGGGACUGCCUGGUCCCUUCCCUCUGACAGCUUAAGGCUUAGGAGGUAUCCAUUUUACCGAAUGUUUUGUUUAGGGGCCCUGUUGUGAUUUCAAACAAUUCUGUCAAUUUCCAGUUCGGUUUCUGCCUCCAUUUCUUCUGGUCAUCCAUGCUUACAAACAUGUCCUAACACGUCUACGGUUCCACUCUUCUCUGGUUCUCAUGGACUGGAUUUCCGGCAUCUUGACAAGACUGUGGCCUUGGUUAUCUGUGCUCUUCAGCAGGGCAUCAGCUGCUGUUUGGCCACAGCCUGUUUUUUCUUCCCAAUGAGUAUGGAGUUCACACCUACAUUGGAUAUAGAGAGCCUGCUUCGACCGGAUCAUUCCUCAGCCAGGACCACACAGAAGCCAUGAUCCCGGCCCUUCGUGGCCCUGUACGUUGUAGCUUGUUUCCCUUUGAAUGUCUCCUGCCUGCCCAUCAACAGCUUGCUUUUUCCUUCAGUCACCAUUAACCAGCUUUUUGGGUGGUUUCUUCUCAGAAGCCCCAUGACAACUGUUUGCCCUGCCUGGUUGUUCAUUCCUUCCUCUUGGAUAGGGAGGGUAUAGGUCUUUUGUGUUUUCCUCCAAUCACAUAAAGACUUUCAAAACCAACAAUGUGUGUAUACUCCUUGAGACUUUAUCCUUGGGGAUGUGUCUUCAUUUAUCCUUAAAUAAAAUGCAUGUGAAUAAAA